GGCGGUGAGCCAUCGAAGCGGGUUGUGAGAGGGGUGAGAUGUGGUCGAAGCAGAAGUCACCACGCUUCGCAGUCGAGAAACCUGCGAAUCCUAUCGGUCCGGGCUACUACGAUCUUCCCAGCCUUCUGGACGAGCAUUCCGUCACCAUCACGGCCUCCGAGCGUUUCCAGGAACAGAUGCCGGGUGAGACCCCUGGUCCAGGGAGCUACACCCAGGCAGGAAAGGCCGCACGGCCGAAGCAGAGUAAGGAGAACCGGCCUCCGUCGCCUGCCAAGGGUGCGAGCUUGAAGCUGGGGCAAAAGGAGGGAAAGGACGAGUUGCAACAUCAACUUCAAGAGCAGGAACGUCUGCGUGCGCAAGCCGAGCAGCGUGUCAAGCAGUUAACGGCUUCAGCGCAGUCAGUCGCGGCAGAGUUUGCGGAGCUUCGCGGCAAGCAUUUCUCGGUGACUAAAGCGCAGGAAGAGAGCCAAGUGAUCAUCAAGAACCUCCAGCAGUCCUUGAGUCUGGCUGAAGGAAAGGUUCCCCAGCUGGAAAAGAUGCUGUCGGAUGUAGAGGACAAGGACGAGAAAUUGCAGAAGCAGCUGAAGGAGGAGGCACGCCUACGGGCUGAAGCUGAAGCAACGGUGCAGCAGUCCACUGCUGCUGCCGAAUCUGCGGCCAAGGAGUUUGCUGAGCUGCGGGGAAAGCACUUCACCUUGACCCAAGUCCAGGAGGAGAGUCAAGCGGUGAUCCAAAAUCUUCAGCAGUCACUGCGUGCCGCAGAAGACAAGGUGCCCAGCCUGGAGAAGCAGAAGGCAGAAGUUCAGGCACAGCUGGACGCAGCUCGCGCGGAAGUGGACGGCCUGCUGCUCCAGAAGGAACAAAACAAAGUGGAGGUGACGGAUCUCCAGAACUCCCUGCGGCUGGCUCAAGAAGAGGUUCCAAAGUUGCAGGGCCAGCUUGCCGAAGUUGAGGGGCAACUCGCAGCGGCCCUUGCAGAAGUGACUCACCUCAAGGCUGAAAAGGAACUUAGCGAGGCUGUGGUGAAAGACCUUCAGCAAGCGUUGGCUAAAGCCGAAGACCAGGUUCCAGUUCUCGAGAAGCGGCUCGCGGAAGUUGAGGCGCGAAACUGUCAGACCCUUGCAGACCUGGCCGCCGCGGAAGCUGACGGUUCCCAGGUCAAAGAUCUGCAGGAGCAAUUGACUGCUGCUCGUGCUGCGAUGGCAGACUUGGUCACGGACAAGGAAGAGAGCCUUGCGACCAUUAAGAAUCUGCAGGGAUCAUUGAGCCAAGCCCAAGAGCAGGUCCCCCAGCUGCAGAAAGAGCUGCGGGAAGCAGAGGCACGGCUGACCGCCGCCGGCCAUGAUCUUGGGCGCUUGCGCGAGGAGAAGGUUCCGAAGUUGGAAACCCAGCUUCGGGAAGCGGAGGAGCGGCUCACAGCUGCAAGCGAUGACCUCGCACGUCUCAGGGAGGAGAAGGAGCUGCAACAGUCCUUGCGAAUGGCUGAAGAUGAGGCGAACCGCUGCAAGGCGGAGUUGGAGGCGGUGCAAAGCAGCAGCUCCCAGGCGAAGGAUUUGCAGGAGCAGCUGACGGCAGCUCGCGCGGAGAUUGCCGAUGCGGUGAUGGAGAAGGCGGUGGCUCCGAAAGUCGCGGUGGGAAAGAAAGCAGAGGCUGCACGGCCUCUACUAGAAGAUUUCCUGGCAUCAUGUGACUACGUAGGCGCCAUCACCCUCUUGGAGUUCGAACGGAAGGCCCGAGAGGAUCGACCUCAUCUUCUGAUGUGGCUGGCCUACUGCUACUUCCACAAUGGUGACUAUAAGAAGGCCAUCGAUGCCUACGAUGAUGCCAUGCGGAAGGAGAAUGAUUCAAACAUCUACGCCUACAAAGCUUGCUGCUAUUAUGCACUUUGCCAGUAUCAGGAAGCCGAAGAUGAAGCGGCGAAAGCUCCAGAUAGUCAGCUGAAGACCCGCAUCCUCUUCCACACAGCGCACAAAAGAAAUGAUGAACCUGCCAUGAUGAGCCAGCACCAGGCCCUAUCUGACUCCAAAGAGGAUCAGUUGUGCCUGGCGGCGAUUCAGUAUCUGAGGAGUCACUUCCAGGAAGCCACAGAUAUCUACAAGCGCCUACUGGUGGAGGAUCGAGAAGACUGGGCAUUGAACGUUUACAUUGCGUUGUGUUACUAUAAGUUGGACUACUACGACGUUGCCUUAGAGAUUCUUCAGACGUACUUGAGCCAAUAUCCCCAGUCCAUCACAGCCGUGAAUCUCAAGGCCUGUAGUCACUACCAGCUUUACAAUGGUAAGGCGGCGGAGGCUGAGUUGAAGGUCUUGCAGAAUGCCUCAAACAGCGGCAAUAUUUUUCAGGAGCAUGACCUGUUGCAACACAAUCUGGUAGUCUUUCGCAAUGGUGAGAAUGCCAUCCAGGUCCUGCCUCCCUUGCUGGAUAUCAUUCCGGAGGCACGGCUGAAUUUGGUGAUCUAUCAUCUGCGAAAAGAUGAGGCGACGGAGGCUUUUGCGCUCAUCAAGGACUUAGAGCCGUCAGUCCCAAGGGAGUACAUCCUGAAGGGUGUGGUCUUUGCAGCCUUGGGACAAAAGACAGGCUCAAGAGAUCACUUGAAGAUGGCACAGCAGUUGUUUCAGUUGGUCGGCGCAUCAGCGUCUGAGUGCGACACCAUCCCUGGGCGACAGUGCAUGGCGUCGUGUUUCUUUUUACUUCGUCAGUUUGAAGACGUGCUGGUCUACUUGAAGUCCAUCAAGCAGUACUUCACCAAUGAUGACGACUUCAACUGGAAUUAUGGUAUCGCUUGUGCAGCUGCCGGCGACUACAAAGAGGCCAAGGAGGCCUUGCUGUCGGUGCAGAAUGAGAAGAGCAGAACUGAGUUCUGUUACCUGAGCUGGUUGGCGCGCUGCUACAUCAUGAGCAAUGAGCCCUCCCUCGCUUGGGAGGCCUAUGUUCGGAUGGACACCAGCAAUGAGUCUUUCAAUUUGCUCCAUCUGAUUGCCAACGACUGCUACAAGAUGGGCCACUUCUAUUAUGCAUGCAAGGCCUUUGACGUGCUCGAGAGAUUAGAUCCUGAUCCCGAAUUCUGGGAAGGAAAACGCGGAGCUGCUGUGGGCGUCUUUCAGCGAGUGGUGGCUCGCAAGGAGUCGCCAGAUAAGCUGCAAGAUGUGGUGAACCUCUUAAGAAGUUCCCAGAAUUCGCAGGUUGAGUACAUCAUCAACAAGGUCAUGAAGAAGUGGGCCAAGGCUAUUCCUUCAGCCAGGGUGGCGGAACGCGCGUAUCACUCCCGAAAAAAGUGGCUACGACUGGAGCUGAUAAGAACGCCCGUCUCUGGCCAGGAACAAAUGAAGACUGACCUCGAGAAAUUGAGGUUCGCUGAGAUCAACGCCAACAUGACGAAGAACGCCAAGGAGCGCGCGGAAGCGCAGCUGCGGGAGGCAAAACAGGACCUGGAGCAUUGGCGCUCCAAGGCCUUGAGCUUUGAGCGAGAUGAAGACCGGAUGAAGAGACAGGAGGAGGAUGUUUGUCGCUUGGAGAGGGAGGUGAAGGAAUUACACGAUCAAAAUCUGCAGCUCCUCACCACCUUCCAGCAGUUCAAGAGUGAAUGGGAAGUGAUGCGAGCUGAGAAUCAGAGCUUGCAGGAAACCUUAGCGAUGUCCGAGAUGAGUCUUGAUCGAGCCAGUGAGGAAAAGGCGCAGAUCAUGGGCCAUGUGAAUCCAAAGUUGGGUGCCUCAGAUCUUCCUUCAGGAAGCUUAUCUGUCCCAGGGGUCGGCCCGCGAUUCACCGUGCUGUGCCGCCCGGCCGGCGGUGCUGAUGCGGCUCGAGCCGAGCCCCGGACGUCGGAGUUUGCUGCGGCAGUGGUUUGGCUGCUUGUCAUUGGCGCAGAAAGUGCGAGAGAGCUGCAGGGAACCAUCCAGAAUGGCUGGUCUUCUGUGCAACUCGGCCCCAAGGAUAGAGACGAGCGUUGUGAGGCCAAGCUUACGGUGGUGCUGCGGCCGGGCGGAGGCCAGAACUGCAUUGACGAGGUGAACUCGGAAGUGAUUUUCAUCAGUGUGGGCGAACCAAACAAGAAAGGGCGCGCCAACUCUGAGUUGCUGGGAUUCGUUGCAAGUAUUCUGGAGCUGAAAGAGGACCAGGUCAAGCUGGAAGACAACGUGAGCAGCAAGAGUAAGACUGUCCUCCUGUGUGGAUUGCAGCAUGACAAGCGCAGCCUCAUUUGGCAGCUCCAAUCGAAGGUGGGACAGAAGCACCCCGCUCGCUUUGCAGCGGAGAAAGCCAAUGCUGCCCUGAGAGAAGAAGAUGUCUCCUCGAAGCGACGGAAGGCGGAGCAAAGUGAAUAUCGUCGAUUGCAAGAGGAGGCUGACGCCGACGCCGUUUCGGCCGCUGCGGCCCAAGCUUCCCCGUACGCGGAGAAGGUGUUGUCGCGACCCACGUUGCCUCGUGGUAUGCGUGUUCGAAGGCCCGGUGAGCCUGACAUGGAGUUUCCCGAAGCACCGCCAGAGCAGCCGCCAGAGCCGCCGGAGCCAGGCAUGGCUGAGACGGGUGGAGAAGGCGGCGGAUUGCAAGGCUUGGCCAACUACAGCUCUGAGGAGAGCGAGGACGGGGAGGAAAACCCAGUUGGGGUUGGUAGGAUGAAAGUGAAGAGAGCUGAGCAUCGCUUCGUCAGUGCCCACGUGGCCCACGUGCAGAAGAUCCGCCACAUGGUCAACCUCAAGGAGGAGAACAAAGAACUGCGAGAGCAAUUAAAGAAGGCCAAACAGCGCAUCACGCAGCUGGGCGUGUCGCGCAAGGGCGAAGGUUUAUUGGAAGCUCUGGCUUGCUUCUCCCAUGGCCGGGGCCUAGGUGCCGACCAGCUCUCCAUCCCGGCCAGCGCUUGUCCGGAGACGCCGGGCCCGGCCUCUGUGCGAGGCGAAGCCCGAACACCUCGACGGCCGACCACACCGAGUCGCAAGGCAUCGCCACGCCGGGGCAAUCUUCAAGAGGAGGAGUACCAAGCAUGGCUGGCUGAGGAAGAACGUCGGCGUCAGAUGCAGGAGCGUGCCGUCGAGCGUGUACAGACGGAUUUCCAGCAUUUCAUCGCUUUGAUUGAGAGGGCGGUGCUCUCGGAUUCCGGAGCCGAAUCUCCGAACCCCGCAGCAUUGCUCGAACGCCUGCGUGCGGUGGUGCAUCCGGGAGAUUCUGGAUCGGCCCGCGAUCCUUGA